GCAUGCAUGAUGUAUAAAAGAAAAAAACCUUCAAAAAACGCACACUUUUGCUUGCUUUUGUUAAUGUUUUGCAGAACGAUGAAGUCUUUAGUUUUUCUAUUUGUCACUCUAGCUAUUUUUUUUUUCGACAUAGAUGAUGUAGGAGCGGAAGAAUUUCAAAUACCUGCAGAAAUUAUACACCAAUAUUUAAACAUCACGAAGGAUGAAUUAUACAAAAAAUGCGAAGAGAGAAAUAUGCAUUGUUUGACUGUUAUAGGACUCGAUACAGUGGAGGUGAUAGAACAAAAAAAUGGAGAAAGACUAAUAGAAUUAUUAGUGAAAAGAGCUCGUGAAAAUCCUCCUCUGAAUGAAGAAUUGUGGCAAGAAGCUAUGGAUCGACAUUGUCUACGUGAUUUUGUUUUACAAAUAAUGUUGGAAAUUGGUUUCGACAAGAUUUUUCAAUGUGUUCCAGAACUAAUUGCUAAUAACAAUGAGUUAUUUGAAAAAACGGGAAUAGAAUACUUUAAAACUUACUGUGCACGUAUAGAAAGAAUAGCUAAACAAAGAAUAGCAAGGAUGGAACGUUGAAGAAAAUUCUACAAAUUAAUAUAACCUAUUACAAUUUUAUUUAGUUUAUGUUACUCAACAAGCAUGUAAACAAUACAAUUGUAUUAUAUGAAUGAAAUAAAACAUAGAUGAUAUCUAUUGACCAAUGUUCCUAAAACUGUGUU